CCGUACCCUUGCCCGCGGGCCGUAAAGCGCGGAAGGUCGCGGUCUCGGCUUCCCCGGAACUUUUUGCUCAAUUCGCCCCGCCCCUUUCCCAACUUUGAUCCCCGCUUUCCGGCCCGAGGCGACCCCCGGCAACCGUUGUGGCUGGCGCCUAGCUCCCGCCGGGCUGUCGCUGAGCGCGGAGCCCGUGGGGGCCCGUGAGUUUGAAUUCCUGAGAUCUGCUAGUUGCUGAGAGAAGUGAUGUUCUGCCGGUUGCUGUCAGUUGUUGGAAGACAAAGAACCAGCCCAGGAUGGCAGAACUGGUCCUCUGCAAGAAGCAGCACGUCAGCUGCCGAGGCACGUUCCGUGGCCCUGCCCACCCAGGCACAGGUGGUCAUCUGUGGGGGUGGAAUCAUGGGCACAUCCGUGGCCUAUCACCUCUCCAAAAUGGGGUGGAAGGAUAUUGUCCUUUUGGAGCAGGGCAGGCUGGCUGCUGGCUCUACCAGGUUCUGUGCUGGCAUCCUGAGCACUGCCAGGCAUUUGACCAUUGAACAGAAGAUGGCAGACUACUCAAACAAACUCUACCUUCAGCUAGAGCAAGAAACAGGGAUCCAAACAGGUUACACAAGAACAGGCUCAGUCUUUCUGGCCCAAACUCAGGACCGGCUGAUCUCUCUGAAGCGCAUCAACUCAAGGCUGAAUGUUAUAGGCAUCCCUUCUGAGAUCAUCUCCCCCAAGAAAGUGGCUGAGCUUCACCACCUCCUCAACGUGCACGACUUGGUGGGGGCCAUGCAUGUUCCUGAGGAUGCAGUGGUGUCCUCUGCUGACGUGGCUCUUGCCCUGGCAAGUGCCGCCUCCCAAAAUGGUGUUCAGAUCUAUGACCGGACAUCUGUUCUUCAUGUAAUGGUCAAAAAAGGUCAAGUUACUGGAGUGGAGACAGAUAAAGGACAGAUUGAAUGCCAGUAUUUUGUCAACUGUGCUGGCCAGUGGGCAUACGAGCUGGGUCUGUCCAACGAGGAGCCGGUUAGUAUCCCGCUACAUGCCUGCGAACACUUCUACCUCCUGACUCGCCCCUUGGAGACCCCUCUGCAGAGCAGCACACCAACUAUUGUGGAUGCUGAUGGAAGAAUUUAUAUUCGGAACUGGCAGGGUGGCAUCUUGUCUGGGGGCUUUGAGAAGAACCCGAAACCAAUUUUCACUGAGGGCAAGAACCAGCUGGAGAUUCAGAAUCUACAGGAAGAUUGGGAUCACUUUGAGCCUCUGUUGAGUUCCCUUCUGAGGAGGAUGCCAGAAUUAGAGAGUCUGGAGAUCAUGAAGUUGGUGAAUUGCCCAGAGACCUUCACACCAGACAUGAGGUGCAUCAUGGGCGAGUCUCCUGCAGUGCAGGGCUACUUUGUCCUGGCAGGAAUGAACUCUGCUGGCCUUUCAUUUGGUGGAGGAGCUGGAAAGUACCUCGCUGAAUGGAUGGUACAUGGUUAUCCUUCAGAAAACGUUUGGGAAUUGGACCUGAAACGUUUUGGAGCCCUCCAGAGCAGCCGCACCUUUCUGCGCCACCGGGUCAUGGAAGUCAUGCCUUUGAUGUAUGAUCUGAAGGUUCCCCGCUGGGACUUCCAGACCGGUAGGCAGUUACGUACUUCUCCUCUCUAUGACCGGCUGGAUGCGCAGGGAGCCAGGUGGAUGGAGAAACAUGGAUUUGAGAGGCCGAAGUACUUUGUUCCCCCUGACAAGGACCUCCUGGCAUUGGAGCAGAGCAAGACUUUCUAUAAGCCAGACUGGUUUGACAUCGUGGAGUCUGAAGUCAAGUGCUGUAAGGAAGCUGUGUGUGUCAUUGACAUGUCCUCUUUCACAAAAUUUGAGAUAACAGUAAGUACAUCUCUUGUUCUUUUCCAUUUAGCCCUCAAUCUGAUUGGCCCUCGAGCUGUGGAUGUGCUGUCCGAGUUAUCCUAUGCCCCUAUGACUCCAGACCACUUCCCAAGUCUCUUUUGCAAGGAGAUGAGCGUGGGCUAUGCAAAUGGGAUCCGCGUGAUGAGCAUGACACACACAGGAGAGCCGGGAUUCAUGCUGUACAUCCCCAUAGAGUAUGCCCUGCAUGUAUACAAUGAAGUGAUGAGUGUUGGGCAGAAAUAUGGAAUCCGGAAUGCUGGAUAUUAUGCUCUUCGAAGUCUCCGAAUUGAGAAGUUUUUUGCCUUCUGGGGUCAGGAUAUAAAUAACCUCACCACGCCCCUGGAAUGUGGACGAGAGUCUCGGGUGAAAUUAGAGAAGGGCAUGGAUUUCAUUGGUCGCAACGCCCUCCUGCAGCAGAAGCAGAAUGGAGUGUAUAAACGCUUCACCAUGUUCAUCCUGGACGACCAUGACACAGACCUAGACCUUUGGCCUUGGUGGGGAGAGCCCAUUUACCGGAAUGGGCAGUUUGUUGGCAAGACGACCAGCAGUGCCUACAGCUACAGCCUGGAGCGCCACGUUUGCCUGGGCUUUGUGCACAAUUUUUCUGAGGACACGGGGGAAGAGCAGGUGGUGACAGCAGAUUUCAUCAACCGGGGAGAGUAUGAGAUUGACAUCGCAGGAUACCGCUUCCAGGCCAAAGCCAAGCUUUACCCUGUCGCCUCCCUCUUCACCCACAAGCGCCGAAAGGAUGACAUGGAGCUGAGUGACUUACAUGGGAAGUGAUGGCAGGGCAGCCUCCCCACCUCUCCAUCAUCUUGUCCUGGAGCAGACAUCACCUUGGAGCUUCUCUUCCUUCUGCCUCCAUUCCUCUUUGGAACAUACUCCAAGGGGUAUACAUUACAUAAGGCUAGAGACUGCUUUUCCUGCUUUCCCUUCAGGCCCUUUGUUUCCCUCUAGCCCUUUCCUCCAUAUCCUCUGGAGUAGAAAAUGACUUGGGUGUCCAGGAGUGCCCUGCACGCUUUCAGGGAGCAUCUCUGUUUUCCCAAGGUGAAACUUAAAGGAACCCUCCUUUGCCUCCUGUCUCUUAUCUCCUUGAUAUAAUUUUGAGCUUGACCUACUUUAAAAUUUUUUGCUUUUCAGCCUCCCGUGACCUUCUACUUCCUCCUCCUAAUAUUCACUCUGGGCUCUUCUUCCCUUCCCACAUUCAGCUUCUCAUGGUGGCAGGACGUGUGUCUGACAGGCAGGACAGAAGCAGGCUCCACUGUGGACCUGAGUGACGGUGACAGCUGGUUUCAAAUUCUGCAUCUCAAAACAGAGCAAGCCAGGGUGGUGCAGGCCUCGGGGCACGAGUUCCUCUCUCCCUUGGGUUCUGUUUUCUCUGAGCACCCUAUUAAUUCUGGUGGGGCUGCCAUGUGUGGGAUGCAGCCUUGAGGAACAGCACAUGCCUGCAGCCAGGCAGCUCAUUCUCCUGUUCCACUGCACUGUGGGCUGGCACUUGAUACCUCUGGUAAGAGGAUGAUCAUCUACCUCACUGAUGAGAGGCAUCACGUGGACGUUUUCUGUUCUGCAGUGGAGACAAGCAGUUAACCUGGCACCGUCUUCUCUGUCCCUGCAGAAGCAGUUAGCAGACCUUUGGGACAGAUGAAUUUCUUCAUCUCUUGCUAAUCUCUUUAAUAAGGUUGCUUUUUCUUUCUUAGUCGUGUAAAGAAGUAAGCCACAGUGAAAGGGAAAAACCAUGUUGCCUUGUGUGUUGCUUCUCCCAGUCAAAAGGGUCUGACCUCAGUCCCCCACCAGUGACGCUGAGCAUUCAGCUAUGGAAAUGAUGCUGCUUUUCUCUCACCUGUCUGAAGUUCAGGUUUUCUUCUUCCCCUGUUUUUGUUUUCCUUGUUUUAAUUAGAAUCCUCUUCUAUUAAUGACUCUCACUAUCCAUCAUUAUCACAGUCCAUCCACCACUCUUGUUCUAAGGCAUUGAAACUGCACUGCCAAGAGCUGCCAGGAACAAUGACUCUCCUUAACCAAGCCCUAGUGUAGCUUCUAGCAACUUAGGGCCCUGUCCCCAGGAUGCCCUCAGCCCCCCUCUUAAAAUGCCUGCCUGAAAAAGCUCAUUGCUGUCAGAAAAAUUUACUGUUCAGCCCAGCCCAAACCUAGUAAUAGACAUAGGCCCCUGAACUUGCUCUUAGAGCAAUUACUUAGAAAGCUUGCAAUUAAAACAUCCUUCUCUUACUCUUUAAGAUGUAAAUCUUCCACCCAGAGCUGUCUUCAUUGGGACCUGAGAAUCUCUUUGAACAUCAGGUCAGCCUCACCUGUCCCCUUCAGUUGGCCCAUAGUCAUGCUGCUUUCUCUCCCUUUAGAACAGGGAGGGGAAGGGAUCGGGUGUGUUGUCCUGAGCACGUCAACCUUGCUGGCUGUGCCAAGUUCCACAGAGCUGCUGGAAUUCCAGGUUUGACUUCUAGCACAACAGAGCCACACAGAAGUGACCCACAUUAGUCCACUGAGAGUUCUGAGUCCCAGGGGUGUACAUUGUAUAAGGCUAGAGACCACUUUUCCUGCUUUCCCUUCAGCCAUUUCUCCAUAUCCUCUGGAGUACAAAAUGACUUGGAUGCCCAGGAGUGUUCUGCAUUCUUUCAGGGAGAGUGUCUAUUUUCCCAAGGUGAAACUUAGAUAUCAUGGACUGCCGUCCAGCUUCAACACUUCAUUUUACCCUUGCAUAUAAACUGCUGUAAUCUGACUUUUUGUUUAAGUGCAAACAAACUGCUGUAAGAGAUUUUAGUUAAAACUCUAGCCUUUGAUGUCUUGGGAUCUCGGAAGCAUUAGCUCUGAUAGGUCUAUAAGUGUAUUAACGGAGAUCUUCCAUUUCAUUAGAGUAGCUUAAAAUCCUCAGGUGUCUGCCUUCUCGAGUUUCUUUUGGGAUCUCUGUUUACCCACUUACUCUGGCUCCUUCUAGACACUUGUUGCCAUUUCCCCGGCUAGACCACUUCUAGUGAUUACUGACUUUAGUGUCCACCUUUUUGGAGGGUUCUAGUUGGCUUAUUAAAGGAGCUUGUGAUUAGAUUCUGUUUGGGGGCUCAGUUAUCUUGGAGCAAGUGUGUACUUAAAUAGCUGAGAGAUGCUUCCUCUAGGCAGACAGGAGAGAGCAGGAGAGGUGUUGAUUGCUGUAGGGCCAACCAGUGAACAGUAGUGAAGGCCUUAGGAGAGGAAUAGGCCCUUGGUCAAUGCAGUCAUUUUCAGCAGGGAGCAGACUAACUACAAACAUGCCAACAGGUGACUGAGAGCUGCAGGCAUCCCUGCUCUUCCAAACAUGUAGUGCUUGCACCCUCCAGAGUCAUCUUUGUAAAGGGAAAUGUAUUUGUAACUCAAUUGAGAAGGAUUUAGUUACACAUAGAUUUAACUCUUCAACCUUAACUAUGGCAAUACAUUUGGGCUUUAACUGUUAUAUAGCACUUACCAGGAUCCAAAUUGAAAGAAUAAAAGCUGUCUCCAUAGUUUAAAAUCAAAUAGUGCCAUCAUCACGGUAUAUUAUUCAAGUAGAAGUUUCAUCAGAAGUAUAUCCCACAUAGGGUUUUAAGACUUGUAUUCUCUUCUUUUCUGCCCUUGUUAAUCUCCAAGUAACUACUAGAGUUUGACAUGUUUUUAAUUAGCUGUUCUUUCUAAGAAGUCAGAAAAUCUGAUGCUGUGUCCAGAAUUAUGCACUGACUUUUUGUUGAACUAGAGCCAGAAGUCCUGGCCUCUUGUUAAAUGACGUCACAGUUUCCCCCUCUGAGCAACAGACUCCUUGUCUUGCUACGAGAGGAGGUUGGGGUGGGUGAGCACUCAGGCUGUCCAUUGAAACACCUUGUCCAUGAAUAGGGUCAUAUUCCUAAGACUAACAGGAUGUGGGUCUUCUGUGACAUCACUUGUUUAUUGAAUGCCCCAAACAUACAGAUUUCUCUUCUAGCACUUUAAGUCUAUCCUUGAAGUCUCUCCUGGUUCAUUCAGAUAUAGGCUGUGCAAGUCUGGUGGUUUUCUGUAAUUGGUCUAAUGUGAGCUCUUUGAACAAACAGAUCUGACAGUGAAUGAAUGACUUUUCCCUGCUUCUGGCAUAAUGCUUUGCCUCUGUCUAGUAUCCAAGCAUACUUUCCAAGAGGAAAGAACAGCAUAACUUCCUGAUCACUGGUGUCAGCUGACGGAGCUUUCUGGACUCCUCAGAGACAGUGGCCUCUGAAUGAACAGGGGAGGCUAGUAGAUGUUCCAGUCCUGAGGCAGAGCUGCAAAUCUAGCAGGAUUAGGAUGAACAACCACAGCCUCCUCAUCUGUGUGUCAUUUCCAAGGGUUUGCCUUGUGUGUCAGCUCAUUCUGGGGAGCCUGUUAGUCUUCUGUCCCUGGAGAUUUCAAGGAUUCUGGACUCUUGUGAAUGGGUGGCUGGACUUAGCUUUACGGAGUUGGGUGCUUUUUUCCUCUCUGCAAUCACCUGUCAUAGCAUUUUGUGCUCACCAUUGGGGAUGGACUCUGCCUUCUCUUGUCAGUGUACGCCCUCUGAACCUGGGAACACAAAGUGUAUUGGCCUCAAACAGAUGGAGACCCAGGGUUGCCAGUUUUCUGUGGGCUUUCCCCUCCCCUGAAAUAUCCUUAAUUACCUCCCUUCAUUGGCAGGCCAUGUGUGAUUCCUGUUCUUAGCACUGCCAGUGUCGUUGACUUCCAUCUAAGGUUGCAUCAGGAAGAUGAUCCUUCCGUGAUCCUUGGUACUGAAGCCAGAAAAACUUCAUUCAGGAACUCUGAAGAGCAAAAACGGACAAACACUAACUGCCGUGCUGGGCCACACUCCAGCAGAGAGAACUGCACAAUGACCACUAUAUUUUUCACACUCUUCCAGGGGGCCCUGCCCCCCCACAUUCAAGAGCUCUCGUUCAGGCCAGGGACACGGAGACUAUGUAGCCCAGUGAUUAAACCCCUGCCUGUUUUCUCUGGCCUCAGGAGUGGAGCCCAGCCACUCCUGUUUGGUUCUCAUCGGGAGGCACGCUGGCCCUGGGUCUCUCCUCGUGCACACCAGGAGUUUUACCUGCUUGCUUGUUUUCCUGGAUUGUUGUUUCAAAGAAAGUAACUAAAACAUAGAAAAGUAAAUCUCCAGCUUCCACAGUAUACUAUCUGCCUUUGCAUGCAAUUGAAAGUUAGCCGCCUCCCUUCCCACCGUCUUGGUGGCAGUAGUGGUGCAAGAGUGACAGGAGCUUUCCGAGAGUGUUCAGUGCUUCACUGGAGAUAGGACCCAUAACCUUCAUUUCUGGCUCUGCUUCUCCUCUGGCAUAUGGACACAUUUGCUGGCAUUUGACUGAGUCUACACCACUUUUUGAGAACCUGAAAUAGAAGGAAUCUUCUGUGACUCACAUUAUCGGUAUCGGCCCUAGAAGACUGGCCUGGUGGAGCAGUUUGCAUUGGCUUGCUUUCAGGGGUUAGCAACGAGGUUCAUUUUUAUGUCUCUGUUGUUUCUUGGCCAGUGUAGUCAAUAAGGGUCUUCUUUAAUAUCUAAGACAGGUUUGGUUGGCUGGGCAUGGUCGCUUAUGCCUAUAAUACCAGCACUUUGGGAGGCCGAGCAAGAUGGGAGAAUCACUUGAACCCAUGAGAUGGAGGUUGCAGUGAGCUGAGAUUGCACCACUGCACUCCAGCCUGGGUGGCAGAGUGAGACUCUGUCUCAAAAAAAACAAAAAAAAACUAAGAGGUUUGGUCAACAGUGGCUAAUAAUGAAUAAUAACUUCCUGCCAUUCUAAUUUUCCUCCUGCAUGCUAGCCCUGACACAUCCCUCACAAACAUUGAUAAAAGCAGUAUUUUGUCAACACAAUAUAAAGAAUGUUCACCUUGCACAUGUCAUUUCAGGCACAUGGAUUCAGGAGAAGCACAGUUGAGUGGAAGAAAUGGUAAAUGUGUGGGGCUUGACCCAGGCCCUGUGUACACGAAGUAAGUGGUGAGUGAGCUGUGGGUCUGUCUGUCAGCGCCUCCCUCCCCACCACCACUGCGGGCCUCCGCUUUAAGGUGCUGAGUUGUAAGGCUCCUCCAUUUUCAGUACAGGGCUCGCCUUUGCAGCUCUGAUCACUACCAGUACACUCUUUUUCAGGACAACUGAGUGUUUUUGUAUGCCUUUGCCUUCCCUUUGUCCAUGACAAGAGUUGUUUAUGAUUCUUGACUUCUCCAAGCAGAGUGCCUAUACCUCCUGGAGAGGUACACAUUUCUUCAUGGGCCAUUUUUCUCAUUCUUAGAUGCACCCAUUUUCAUCCUUUGCAACCCAUCUUCUGCCUUCUUGUUUUCCUGUCUGUCAAAGACAGAAAUUACAGGAGAUAGGGAGGAUUUUUUAGCAUUUCUUUCAAAAGAUCUAUGUCAGGAUUUCCUUUGCACACCAAGAACUGGAGCUUAGAGCCCCGCUCUUCUCUAAGCCAGGUUCUAGUGCCUUACACUCCAGCAUGGCAGAUGGUGGGUGCAGAUUGGAAGAAAGAGAAAGAAAAGUUCAUUUCAGUGUGUGAGUUCCCAUCCACCUGACAUAGCCUCUCCGUCCUUAGAACAAUGGGCGUGGGGUAGAAAGCUCUUUCAGUGAACGGUUUUCUAGCAGCUCAGUUAACACUUUACUCUCCAGUCAACACUCGGGAUGUAUAAAAACACCAUUGUAAUUACUGUAGAGUCCUGUGACUCAUCAUUUGUGUUUGUCAGUGUGCACUUCAGCUCAGCCCUUCUCUGUUCCUGUGUAGUUUCAAUGUGGCCCUGAAGACAUCCGAGGCACUUCAGUAAGUGGGAUCUUUUCUGGAGAUCCUGGGUGACUGGAUGCACGGGAUGACCGAGCAUUUCUGCUCCUGUGAAUCUGGCACUAACACUGUGCACUGUGUCUCCACCAAGGAGAAUUCUAUUGAGUUUCUUUUCAUGUUACUAGGUUUAUAAAUGAAUAAACAGACAUUUUAACUACUCU